CAGACAUGCUGGAGCUUGCGGACGACAUGGCCAUCGACAUUCCCUACAUCUGGCUGUACCUGGCCGAGCUGCUCUGCCCUGUGCUGAAGGAGGGGGGCUUCUCUAUGAGAGAGCUCUUUAGUGAAUUAAGCAAACCUUUGCUUCCUGUGGGAAAAGCUGGGAUCUUAAUCUCUCAAAUACUGCACAUACUAUGCAAACAAAUGAGUCAUCGAGCUGUGGCUUCUUUGUGGGGGGAAUCAGGCCUCAACUGGACUGACCUUCUGCCGGAGGAAGAGGAUGUCCAGGCUUUCAUCUCACAACAGAAACUCCAGUUUAUUCAGGCGGACGCCUCCAGCUCCGAGGCGACUCUGUCCGAAAGAAUCUGGUCUCCCGAGAACGGUGAGGCUGAGAUGGAGCCCAUGAGGAACGGAGCCGGCCACACCUCAGAGACGGAGAGCAGUGACAGCACACAGAAGCCUGAGGGACUCCCUGCAAUCAAUGCCGUGGUGCUAGACAAGAAACCAGAGAUAGAAUUGGACCAAACUGCAGAAGAAGAGACAACGAUCCAGGAGAAGCUGGAUGAAAGUGAGCCUGUUGUGUUGGUGGAGCCUUCAAGCUCUGCAAGGGAGACACGACAAAGGGCUCCAUCAAACCUGAGGAAGAAGACAAGUGGACUCACUCAAACGGAGCCCGUGGUUUUUGUGGGAGCUGCCUUCUGCAAAGAGUGGCCAAAGAUUUGUGUCAGUUUUGGAUUCUCUGAGGACGAAUACUCCAGCAUCCUGAAGGAGCAGCAGCAGCAGCCCCUCGCCUCCAAACACCUGGGCCCACUUGAGGUGGUGCCUAAGGUACUUCAGGGCUUCUGGCUGCCUCCUGAAGACACCUGCCUGAACAUGCCGUCCCAGCACCUCAGUGUUCUGGCUGUUAGCCUGACCAAAGCAGUUGAGGACAUGGUCUCCAAACUUCUGCCCUCACUGCUCCGUGAAGUCAGCUUCACCCGCUCCACCAGGGACAAACUGGUCCAGUCGAUCCAGGACAGUGUUAGACAGAGCUUCACUCACCCCGUCCUGAUGGAGAAGAUCAGCUGCUGUGCAGUAGAUCUGUUGUCCAUGACCACCAUCGCAACAAAGAACAUCUGUGAGCUGUUUCAGCCACAGAUUUCAACAAAGGAGCCAAACACCGUUGCUGAAGAGGUGAAGCAGGAGCCUCAUCAGGAGUCAGCAUUCACUCUUCCUCUACCAGCUCCUCCUGUGACUCCUCCUGCUGAACCUGCUGUGGUCCUGGAGGGUGAGGAUCUCUCUCAUGUACCCAUCAUCCCACCAGCUCCUGUGACUCCUCCUGCUGUCACCAGUGAAGGAAAAAUCUCUGCUGCUCUUUUCUUACUAAAGAGGCAGAGUUAAAAAACGAUUCCCUUGUUCAUCAUUUCAUUAUUCAGAUAAGAUGUCCUUUUAAAUAUUGAUUUAUGUCGUUAUAUUGUAUUA